GACCUGGCGGGGGUGCUGCUGCACCUGUCGCGGCGCUUCCCGCACGGCACCCGCCUGCGGGCCCUGCGGCAGCACCUGCGCUCGGCGUGCGCCGCGGCGCAGCUCGGCGAGGAGGCGUACGCGAGCGCCUCCCUGGCCAACGUGUUCGAGCCUGGCGUGGUGAAGGACCUCUUCCCAUCGGAGGACCAGGACACCGCCACUCCUCCGAGGUGA